UGGUAUAGCCAGCGUAUAGCUGUGAUACAUAGCUCAGGGUGUGGAAAAGGAACCUUGUUUCGUUUGUACCGGGCAGUAUUUUUGCUUAGCAUUUAUUAACACAAAGGGAAUGCGUAAUUAACGUCCGAACAAUCCAGUGCAACAUGUAUCAACCAUUGGAUAACGACAGGAAGACCCUGUUCGCCAAAUAUAUGAAAAUAUUUUUUGUCGUUUCCGCUUAUUGGAUAAUUUCCAUAUUGACAGUCUUCGUGAACAAGGCUCUGUUGAGCGGGUUGGAUUUAAAUGCACCACUAUUCGUAACAUGGUUCCAGGUUUUAGUGUCUUCCACUAUCUGCUUCGUUAUGGGUGUACUGAGCAGGAAGUUUCCUAACGUCAUAAACGUCCCUGCCGGUAACCCUUUGGAUGGGAACACAUUCCGCAAGGUGGUUCCGUUAUCGCUUCUCUUUACAGCGAUGAUUGCCACUAAUAACCUCUGCUUGAAGUACGUUGGAGUAGCAUUCUACUAUAUUGGCCGCUCACUGACUACGGUAUUUAACGUAGUGCUCACUUACACUCUGCUAGGGGAAAAGACCAGCGGUAAAGCUGUGCUUUGCUGUAUCCUCAUUGUAUCCGGCUUCUGGAUCGGGGUAGAUCAGGAAAGGUUAACCGAAUCGUUUUCACUAGUUGGCACAAUUUUUGGAGUGUUAGGUUCGCUUAGUUUGUCUCUUUACUCGAUCUUCACAAAGCGAACAUUGCAGUACGUAAACCAAGAAGUGUGGCUUCUGAGUUAUUACAACAACGUUUAUUCAGCCAUCAUAUUCAUUCCACUAAUGCUGAUUAACGGGGAACUCCCGGUCGUCAUGAGCUACGAACACUUGAGCAAACUAUGGUUCUGGGGUGCAAUGAUGGUUGGUGGUGUGUGCGGAUUCGCCAUCGGCUUCGUUACGGCUCUGCAAAUUAAGGUAACUUCUCCGCUAACACAUAACAUAUCUGGAACGGCGAAAGCAUGUGCUCAGACUGUGAUGGCCACUUCCUGGUAUAAUGAAUCAAAAUCACUCCUCUGGUGGACAUCGAACGCGAUCGUACUUAUUGGAAGCGGACUUUACACACGUGUAAAACAGGUUGAAAUGAACCGGCGACAUCGAACACAAAUGAGCAGUCAAAAGGUAGGAGUUUAGAAGCAUGCAGGUUUAACUUAAUUGUUUAAACACAGACUACACUACACUUUUACAUUAUUGUAGAUAGCAGUUAAAAUAAAGCGUCUAAUUAAAAUGUUUUAACGAAGCACGAUCUCAGAUAAGAGUUUUAGACUUUGACU